UCGAACAAGCAGGACGACCGACCUCGCUGCCAAUCACUCCGACAUCAUUAUUGACAUCUUCCAAACAUCAAGCUAGGACGGAGUAGCAAGUAAGGCUUGACUACUUCCUGAGCCUUGUGAUCUAGUGGCCCCUCGCUCCUGCCGGUCUCCGAUCCAGUAGGGCUCCAUCCCACAAACACCGAGCUACUGUAACGAGCUUCCACAACUUAUUCCCAUACGAAGCGGAAUCGGUCGAGAACCAACACUUCCCUCAAUAUGGAUCAGGAGAAGCUCAAGCGCAUGCAGGCGCAGGUGCGAAUUGGAGGCAAAGGCACACCGAGAAGAAAGACCAAGAAGGUCCACAAAUCCUCCGGCACAGACGACAAGAAACUACAAACAUCCCUGAAGAAGCUGAACGUCCAGCCUAUCCAGGCAAUCGAGGAGGUCAACAUGUUCAAGGAGGACGGAAACGUCAUUCACUUUGCUGCGCCAAAGGUCCACGCAUCUGUCCCUUCAAACACAUUCGCCAUCUACGGCAACGGCGAAGACAAGGAGCUUACGGAGCUCGUACCGGGCAUCUUGAACCAACUCGGACCAGACUCGCUCGCCUCGCUACGCCGUCUCGCCGAAUCGUACCAGAGCCUACAGAAGAAAGAGGGCGGAGACAAGAAGGAGGGCGAGGAUGACGAUGACGAGAUUCCCGACCUGGUCGAGGGCGAGAACUUCGAGGGCAAGGUCGAAUAGAUGGUUUGACCAUAUCCACAAUGCCGCAAUUCCAGAAUGUGUCGAAGGAUUACUGCUGGAACAAUGAGUGCGCUGAAGGUCGACAUGUUCGCUUUCAACCGCAUUCCGUACCAUCUCAUGCACGAUGAGUGCCAACAAUGAUUUAGCACCCACCGGAUAAAAGCUAGGGCCCUUCUAUAAGGGAAGUGCAUCAAAAUCGAUGUGAACCAAUGUUCCAAACACAUACUCCAU